AUGAUUACACAACAAAUUCUUUGCGAUAUCAUCAAGGAUUAUAAAGGAAUCUCUUACAAACGGGGAUUCUCGCAGAAAGUUUGGUUUCUCAAUGACUGUAAACUUAAUGGAAAUUACUUAAACAUAACAGUUGUAAAAUGGGAGAAACCAAAUCCACCAAUAAAAUUUGCGAUCAUUCGAGAACCGAUUGAACGCUUUGUCUCGUUUUAUGGCCACUUUUGUAAAAAGCUAGAUCAAUGUGAGCAACGGAACAUUCACCAAUUUGCUGUGUGGAUUGAUUUCCUAAUCACAAACCAUAGUGAUCCCUUGUCGUGGAGUCCAACAUUGAUCAAUCAUGGUUUGCCACAGACAAGAUUUUGUCAUUUAACCUCAGAUAAAAGCCUCUUAUUCGUUCACUAUUCUCAAAAUCGGACGCAAAUGGAGGAAGAAUUGUUGAAUGUUUUUGAAAAGGCCAAGAUUCCGAGGGACCUCGCCCAAAAAGCUCUUCAACAUCUCCAUCACUCUUCAACUUAUCAUGCUUCGAAUGACUCUGAUCGCUUUGUUUUUACCGAAGCUGUUGCAAAGAACCCAAAAACUAUCGCAAUUUUGAGAAAACUUUACAAAGAAGAUUUCAUGUUUUGGAAAACUCAUUUA